GCUGGAGGGAAGCUGACGAACCCAUCAAAGUCGCCCCGCCAUGGCGCUGGCGGCGAUUUCCGGCGAAGCCCCGCUCUCGGUGCUGAAGCCGCAGGCCGUGCGGAGCAGUCGGCAAGGCUGCGCGGCAGGUGUUGAUCAAAGAGGUGCCCAUUCAGCGGGUCUCAGUGGAACCUUUGCGACGGCACGGGGGACAGGGAAUUUGAAACUGGCAGGCAGGGUGUGGCUGCAGGCAGGGCUGCUUGUGCCGCUGGCGCGGAGGAGGAGAAGAACGCGAGGACUUCGGACGGCCUCGGCGGCUUCUAGCGCGCCGGUGGCCGGCAAGUACGAUGGUCCUGCCCUGGAUGCGUACUAUGGGAAGAACCCGCUGCGUGCAGUGUCGAGACUCGUGGAGGUAGUGUCACGGAUCAAUGCGGCGCGGACUGCCUGGCAGGAUGAAGCCCAGCCCCAGCAACAGCGCGGCCAGCGCCUGCGCGACGAGGUCUCGAGCCUGGGCACUGUCUUCGUGAAGCUGGCGCAGACCAUGGCCACCCGCUCCGACCUGGUGACCAAAGAGCUGGGCCGCGAGCUGCGCGUGCUGCAGGACUCUAUGGGCCGAUUUCCAGACGAGGUCGCCCUGGAAACCAUCCGCGAGGAGUUCGAGUGGACGGGGCCGGUGGCGGCGCGCCGGCCGGGACCGGAAGGACACGAAGCGUCGAAAGACGGUGAGCCGCUCUUUGCCUCGCUGUCGGCGGAGCCGGUCGCCGCCGCAUCCCUGGCGCAGGUGUAUCGCGGCAAUUUGCUGGACGGACGGGAGGUGGCUGUGAAGGUCCAGCGCCCCGGCCUCGCCGACCAAGUGGGCCUGGACUUCUACGUGCUUCGGCAGAUGCUCUCGGCGGUGAACGCCGUGAUGGGUGCCACGCGAAGUUCCGAGAUCGCUGAGUCGGUGCUGUCUGAAGUGGCCGACGGCCUCUUUGCAGAGAUCGACUUUACCAUGGAGGGGCAGCACAUUGAGAAGUUCAUGGACUUGUACGGAGCUGACUGCCCAGACGUGGUGGUGCCUGAGGUCAUUUGGUCACGGACCCGGCUAAAGGUGCUGACCACCACUUGGCUCCUGGGCCGCAAGCCGCGGGACUUGAACGCCCAGGAGAAGCUGCGGAUGGUGAACCUGGCCGCGCCUUGCUUGUCUUUGCAGCUGAUGGGCGCGGGCUUUGUGCACUGCGACCCCCAUGAGGGCAACAUGAUGCUGCUGGAGGAUGGCCGCCUGGGCCUCAUCGACUUUGGCCUCGUGGCUCAGAUGACGGACGUCCACCAGGAGAGCAUGGCCUCCGCGAUCCUGAGCUUGUUGGCCGAGGACUACCGAGCUCUGGUGCCGUGCUUCAGAGGCAUGGGCAUUCUGAGCUCGCAGCGCGACGACGACGAGGAUCUCAAGCGGCCCGGGGAAACCCAGCCUUUUGCCGAGGCCUUGGAGGAGGCCUUGACGGGCGGAGGCGGCGGUCGCCUCGUGCAGGAGAGCGCCGGCCUGGACCGGCGCCGCGCCUUUGGACAGCUAUACGAAGAGCUCAGCAAUUUGGCCUUCCGCUACUACUUCACACUGCCGUCGUACUACAUCCUGGUCAUGCGCUCCUUUGUCACGCUGGAAGGCAUCGCCUUCGGCGCGGACCCAGACUUCAACAUGUACACAACCUCCUCGCCCUAUGCCUUCCGGAGAUUGCUGACGCCACGCACGCCAGAAGGGAAGAAGCUGCUUGAGCAGACCAUCCUGGAGCCAGUCAAGGAUGGCGCUGGGAGAAAGCUCAGGCUGCUGACUCUCCUGCAAGGCUCGCUCAUCUCAGGAAAAAGCAGGGCGCAGCAGGCGUCGGCCAAAGAAGCGGCGCGCUUGGCCACGAAGACCGUCGCCGAGGUUCUGCUGGCAGCCGAAGGCGAAGAACUCCGUGAGAUUCUGGCGUCUCUGGACAGCACGGAGCUGGUGGAGGACCUCGCUAGCAAGGGGGCAGCGCCCUUUCGCCGUGCGGCGCUCUCUGCUGCACUGGGCCGCAUGCGGCCAACAUCUGACAGGCAGCACCGACGCCAGCUCCGGCGCAUGAUGCGCCGGCACCUCUCCCGCGCGGCGCAGCGCAGGCCGCUUCUGGUGGCGAAACUGCUGCUGCAGCUGCUGCGGGCGCUUUUGCCCUGAUGCGCGUCGGAUCAUGAGGGGCCAACAUGGCCGAAUUCUUGAGGCGUCUUGCCCAAAAAGGGCGUGCCUUCGAAUAG